AUGCGUCCGCAUCUCGCAAAACACAUCAAACACAUACGCAGCACCUACGGUCUAGGUCGGGCGAUGCAGGACUGUCUAUGGACCAAGAACGCGAUGAGGAAAGCAAUCGAUGCCGGCCAGCCUGCCAUGGUGGAACGUCUCAGUAAUUCUCACAUGGCCGAUCUUUGGACCAAAAUGUUCAAUGAUACUCCAGCGCAAGCACAGAUAAUGCUCUUGCUUUGGUUGAGUCCAAACGUAUCAGAGUUGACCCUCUAUACCUACGACGGCCCGCUGAGCCGAAUCCUCGGCCUCGAACUUUCGUCCAACGUACCCAAUUUCCACAAAUACGCGAAACUCGACACCAUCAAUAUCGAUGGAGUCAACGAAGAUGACGAUGUAGCACAUCCUGCUUACCCAGAGCCUGAGUCAACCCUGCAACCGUGCCGGUCACUCUCGGAUUUCCGCUUUAGAGCAGCUAACAUGGCAUUCGACCGCAUGAGCGAGGAUGAAAUCACACAUUUGGAUUUCGUGGGCAUCUGCGAAGCCCUUAUGCCAAGCAAACAAACGCUACGAUAUCUUUACUUGUCUAUGGGAAACGGUCCUCAUACAGUACGAAAUGUGGGCACCUACAACACACUUGCAGCUGGCACGUUGAAGGAGUUCGACAGACUCGAGACUCUGAUUGUGCCUGCUGCAAUUUUGACGAUAACAUCCGAAAAAGUUGACCCUGACCUGGAAAACUUUCACUUUCAAGAAGACAAUUUGCAGAUAAUCGACCAUUUACCCGCUUCCGUCGUCUUAUUGGGCCUUAGCAACGAUCAAACAGGACAAUUCUUCGAGGAGAAUGACCAUAAGUGGUUGGCGAGAGAGGCUGCUGCGCAGUUGGCAAGAGGCCUGGUGCAAUUGCCCAAUCUUCAAGCAGUACACAUCUUAGAAUCGCAAUCGUCGCAGAUAGUUUAUCCGAGAGAGCUUCAAGAUCGUUGCGUGGAAGACGAGAUAGAUUUCGUCAUAGAGAAGUGGAUGGAGGACGAUCGGCUCAUGGUGAAGCAUUAUGGGAUCACUACGUAG